ACUUCUCUCCAAUUCACCUACGAAUUUUCCUUUAAAUACACACAUUUGUGAAAAAUACAACUUUCAUUCUACAAGAACUCUCAACAACAAUUACAUUGUUCUUGUUCUUUUGAGCAUUAACAACAAUUACAAUUCUUCCAUCUUUGUCUCCAUCAUGUUCAUAUUCCGUUUGUUCAUCAUUUCAUUUUUGUUUCUCGCAUUAAGAGUUGAUAAGGCUAAUGCUCAACUAUCUUAUAAAAAAGUCAGAAACAAACUCUUAUCUUACUCGGAAAUAUUUGUUGAUCCAUCCGGACAUGGAAAUUUUACCACCAUUCAAUCGGCAAUCGAUUCAAUUCCGUCCAACAAUAAACAUUGGAUGGCCAUUAGGGUUAAGGUCGGCACUUACAGAGAAAAAGUAGUUAUUCCAGAAGAUAAACCUUAUAUCUUAUUGAAAGGAUCAGGAAAGCGUAAAACUUUGGUUGAAUGGAAUGACCAUUCAGACUUGAGAAUUCCUACAUUUUCAUCAUUGGCUGACAAUAUUGUUGUCAAAGCUAUAAGUUUUAGGAACUCAUACAACAAUCCAAUAAAUAACAAACCUAAGUUACCUGCAAUAGCUGCAAAGGUAAGUGGUGACAAAACUUAUUUUUUCAGAGUUGGUUUUUAUGGUUAUCAAGACACUUUGUAUGACUCCAAAGGAAGACAUUACUACAAGCUUUGUACCAUACAAGGAGCUGUAGACUUUAUCUUUGGUGCAGGACAAUCUUUGUUUGAGAGGUGUUCCAUAAGUGUUAUUGGUGAUGGUUAUAUAACAGCACAAGGUAGAGAAAGUCCAAAUGAUUCAAAUGGAUUUGUUGUCAAAGAUUCACAUGUGUUUGGAAAUGCUACAACUUAUUUGGGAAGAGCUUGGAGACAAUAUGCAAGAGUUUUAUUUUACAAUACUAACUUGACCAAUGUUAUACAACCAUUGGGUUGGGAUUCAUGGAGUUUUUCUACUCAUGAGAAUCUAAUAACAUUUGCAGAAUAUGGGAAUUUUGGACCUAGUGCUGAGACAUCAAAACGAGUGGGUUGGGUUAAUAAACUUGAUAAAGCAAGCAUUGAGAAUAUGGCAAGUGUGAACUUCAUUGACCACAAGAAAGAAUGGAUUUAUAAUCAUCCACACUAAACUUAUUUGGAAGUGCUUUUAAGCUGUAAAAGGACUUUAUUAUAUGCUAUCUAUACUAUAUAUAUUAUUAUCAAUUUAAUUACAAUGCACUUUGAUUGUAAAAUGUUUUACACUAAUUUGUCACAAUCAUUCAUUCAUAGAUGUUAUUUUAGAUUUUAG